ACAAAAUUACCAAAUCUUACACCAACCUCACCAAACACAAAGCGGGGUCCACUAGUACUAUCCAAGCUCGACACUAUUCUACAACCGAAUCUACGGUUUAAAAACAAUGCACAAUACACAACAACUACAACAUAUCAGAAAUUCUCUAAAAUUCUUAAUCAUCCAUCCUUUGGCACAUCCGCACUAAAAAUAAGGCUACAACAUCUACAAAAUUUUGCCACUACAAACCGCUCGAUCCUUACUCAUAAACCUAUUUUUUCAUCACCAGAAAUAAAACAACUACCGUACAAAUAA